GCCUUCCCUUCCGGGGCUGCCUGUGAGGGAAGAGAGAGAGAGAGAGAGGCCUGGUUGGAGUCGCGGGGAGGAGGCGAAGCUACCCUUCACUUCAGCCGCUCGCUCUCACGGAAGAAGGAGCCAUGGACACGCUGGGCCGGAAAGUGGUCGUCUGCGACAACGGCACCGGGUUUGUGAAAUGCGGAUAUGCAGGAUCCAAUUUUCCAGAACACAUCUUCCCAGCUUUGGUUGGAAGACCAAUUAUUCGUUCAACUACCAAAGUGGGAAACAUUGAAAUCAAGAAUAACAAAAAGAUGGAUCUUAUGGUUGGUGAUGAAGCAAGUGAGCUGAGGUCCAUGUUAGAAGUUAACUACCCCAUGGAGAAUGGCAUUGUCCGGAACUGGGAUGAUAUGAAACACCUUUGGGACUACACCUUUGGACCAGAAAAACUUAACAUUGACACAAAAAACUGUAAAAUACUUCUAACAGAGCCUCCUAUGAAUCCAACAAAGAACAGGGAGAAGAUUGUGGAGGUAAUGUUUGAAACCUACCAAUUUUCUGGUGUCUACGUAGCCAUUCAAGCCGUUCUCACUCUGUAUGCACAAGGUUUACUGACUGGUGUUGUUGUGGAUUCUGGAGAUGGUGUUACUCACAUUUGUCCAGUCUAUGAAGGCUUCUCUCUUCCUCAUCUCACCAGAAGACUAGAUAUUGCUGGUAGAGAUAUUACCAGAUACCUCAUCAAGCUGCUUUUACUACGAGGAUAUGCCUUCAACCAUUCCGCUGAUUUUGAGACUGUUCGUAUGAUUAAAGAAAAGCUGUGCUAUGUGGGCUACAACAUUGAACAGGAGCAGAAACUGGCCUUGGAAACUACUGUGCUGGUUGAGUCCUACACGCUUCCAGACGGCAGAAUUAUUAAGGUUGGUGGCGAACGGUUUGAGGCGCCAGAAGCUCUGUUCCAGCCUCACUUGAUCAAUGUGGAGGGAGUUGGUGUCGCUGAACUGCUGUUCAAUACCAUCCAAGCUGCUGAUAUUGACACCAGGUCUGAGUUCUAUAAACACAUUGUGUUAUCUGGAGGUUCCACGAUGUACCCAGGGUUGCCUUCACGACUGGAACGUGAACUUAAACAGCUUUACCUGGAACGGGUCCUGAAAGGUGAUGUGGAGAAACUUUCAAAAUUUAAGAUUCGUAUUGAAGAUCCACCUCGUCGAAAGCACAUGGUAUUCCUUGGUGGUGCAGUUCUAGCAGACAUCAUGAAAGACAAAGAUAACUUCUGGAUGACCAGACAAGAAUACCAGGAGAAGGGAGUACGUGUGCUUGAGAAACUUGGUGUGACGGUUAGAUAAACUCUGGAGCUUGCUCCCAUCGCAGCUCCAAUGCUCGCAUUCCUUUAUUGCCAAUCUUUGAACUCAUUCAGCUAUGUGACACGGAAAGGCCUGUCUCUGCCCUUUGACCCAAGGGCUAGGUUUUGUUCUGGUUCCUUUUGUUAGAUAUUUUAAAUGUGGCUAUAUUUGACUACUUAAUUGGACCACUUCUCAGCAAACAAAACAAGGGCACGAAUAGCCUGUCUGUCGCAUCGUUCCUUCCCAGUAGGCAGUUGGGUAAUUCCAGUAGCUUUUUCUUGGGUUAUUGCUAUAAUGCUGUUGGCAUUUGUCUGUAGCUCAUCAUGGAUGGAAACUUUUUUUAGCACGAGAGAACCUUUGGACAAACAGCUCUUUACUAUCAUGUGGUUGUAGUGAUUUAUCUUUGCAUCCUUUUGCCUUUAUCCCAUGCUGUUCAGUGUCUUUAUAUUGUAAGAACUCUGAAAUCAGUGUCUUUAUAUCUUGCUUAUGAUCUCUUAAAUUGGAUCGAAUGGCAAACUUUUUUUAAAACCUUCCCCUGGAAUAUUUUGGGGUCUGAAAUUGUUUCACGUGAAAAUUGAUUAUGUAUCCUUAAUCAGAUGGCAGAGUUAUGAGGAAACGAAAAUAGAAAUUUGCCUGUCUGUUGUUGCAAAUUAAUUAUCUUAACUGCCUGCACUUCUCUCUCUCAAAUGUAUAUUUCUAGCUUAAUGAUUUGGCACUAGGUAGUUGUUUUCUCCUAUGGAAUGCAUACAGAGCUUCUUGCAAUUUUCUUUCUUUUCUUUUUUUUUUUGGUACUGUGAUACCAUCUUUCAUUACCAUUGGGGCUUAAAGACUUUUUUUUUUAAUGGGUAACAUUAGAAUGUCAUCUGGGACUGGAUUCCUGGAUAUAAUCUAUUGAAAGUAGUAUGUUUAAAAAAACCUGAACUUUAUUUACUGGUACAAAAUUAGAGAAAAACAGAAUUGUAUUAAAUUUGAACACACAGUAACACAGUGCCAAGUAAUUAUUGCUUUUUUUUAACUAAAAAAAAAUAUAAUUGUUAAAUGUUAUUUAAAAUCACCCAGAUAUUUAUAUAUGGAACUGUGAGGUAGGUUGUGAGGAAUGACCUAUAUUUGUAGCGGUUAAGAAACCCCACAUUGGAAUAUUGGCAUUGUAGUAAACUGGUUAAAUACUCAAAAUUUACCUGUCUAAUCUUGACUCUGGGAUAAAAGGAAAUAAAACAAGUAUUUGAAA